AUGCAGGAAACCAUCGAGAAGAUCAGCAAAGUCUGGCACUCCUUUCGCGGUCCCGCCGUGCUUGCUUUGGGGCACCCAAAUGGUGUCAGAGCUAGGGAAUCAACGUGCACCAGGAGCGCCUUCUACACAAGAUUAGGCAAGUACCCUGGGCACCUUGCCUUACCAACCUUCCCAUUGUCUCCGAGGCAAGCACGACUGAAUUGGGAUAAGUUCAGGUCCCUGACAUUUAGAGCCGAGAAUUAUCUGAACUUGCAGCGAGCGAAAUCGUGCCACAGUUACCUGGACAUGCUCGUGUUAGUCCUGCCUCCUACCACUACCUAA